UGAGGACCUGGGUUGCGUAAUCUCGUCGAGGCCUGUCAAAACUAUGGUGGCCGUGCGGUUCCACGGGCGGCGGCUGGCCAUGGGCGCCGUCUUGGCUGUGGCGACCCUGGGCGUGUACCACCUCUGCACCGUCAACUCCCUUCAGGACCAGCGCGACCGAGUGUUGCUUAGAAAUGGCCUGCUUCGUAGAGUGCAGUACGGUGACCAGCCCAAUGCAAGUCCGGCCCAUCUCGCCUGCCAGCAUCCGGACUUAGACGUCAAGAACCCCGAGAUUUACCGUUUCUUCCAUCACAUCGAUCCAGUGGAGUGCGGGGAAGAACCGGAAUGGGUGACGGUAAAAGGUUCCGAGGCGACCAUCACCCAGAAAGCGAGAGAUGACCACGGGGACAUAGAAUGCUCCUUCACCGAAGUCGUGCGGGAAAACGACUACGUGAACCGCCGAGGACUUACGACGACCACCCACGACUCGUUCACGCUCGUCAAUUCCGAUUUUUAUACUGUCGCUUGUACGGCAAAGGAUGGCAAAACGUGGAGCAACACCAUCGCGGGCAUCAGGAGAGACGAGGACGUACGAGCGGCGAUCGGCUGGGAUAAGGUCGCUCCGGAAGGCCUUAAGGUCAACUACAUUAUGAUCGGCUUUGACUCUCUCUCUCGCAACACCUUUAUUCGGACGCUGCCCAAGUCGUACGCCUUCCUGUCCGAGAGCCUGGGCGCCCAUGUGCUAGAGGGGUAUAACAUUGUAGGCGACGGUACCCCACAACAGCUGAUUCCCAUCCUGACUGGGAAGACCGAACUGGAGCUGCCCGAGACGCGCCGCAGGAUGGGGAAGCAGGCACAGUACGUCAACUCCUAUCCGUUCGUGUGGGACGACUUCAAGAAGAACGGUUACGUCACAAUGUUCGCGGAGGACCAGCCGCACAUCGGAACCUUCACGUACCGCCUGCGGGGAUUCGACGCCCCCCCCACGCACCACUACAUGCGGCCAUUCUUCGUGAGCGUCUACCCGGAGUACAAGGACCACCCUAAGCUGUGCCUCAGGAACACCCCGCGACAUAAGGUGGGCGUGUUUCGAUCCUCAAGUGGGCGUGUUUUCGGUCCUCAGGUGGGCGUGUUUUCGGUCCUCAGGUGGGCGUGCUUCCGGUCCUCAGAUGGGCGUGUUUUCGGUCCUCAGGUGGGCGUGUUUCGGUCCUCAGGUGGGCGUGUUUCCGGUCCUCAGAUGGGCGUGUUUCCGGUCCUCAGGUGGGCGUGUUUCCGGUCCUCAGGUGGGCGUGUUUCCGUUCCUCAGAUGGGCGUGUUUCCGGUCCUCAGGAACACGGAACGUACUAUCGACUUAGAAAUGAGUGGUCCACCCAUCAUGGAAGAUGAAGUAAGGCAUGCUGUAAGAAAAAUGAAAAAAGGUAAAGCUCCAGGGCCUGAUAACUAG